GCAUGUUUUUACUGUUCCCAUGCACCACAAUGCGGAAGACAUAUAAGGAACUCUAUUCCUGACGAAACUUAAGCAGACCUGAAGCAAGUCUCUAAGGAUUUUGUGUUACUACAGAAGCAUUUGACUGUUCAGAAAACAUAACCAUGUGGCCAAAUCAAGGUCCUCCCCCUCCAGGGCCUCCUAUGGUGGGCCCACCAAACCCGGCCUUCCCACCUAGCUACAACCCUGCAUACACGUAUCCUGCUGCACCAGGAGUUUUCCCACAGCCUCCACAUCCACCAUACCCAGCUGCAAUGAACCCCGCCAUGUCCACCAAUGCACCCCAAGGGGCGAUGCCUUACAGAGCUCCAGGACCUUAUCCACAUCCUUAUCCCAUGGGUCCAGCUGGAUAUCCAGUAGGCCCAGUCCCUCCUGCAGGUGUUCCCCCGGGUCCAUACCCAUGUUUUCCAGGUGGGGGUCACCACGGAGGUCACCAUCACCACAUGGGUCAUCACCACAUGGGUCACCACCACAUAGGUCAUCACCACGCCGGUUACAACUACAGAGGUUAUCAUCAUGGAGGGGUAAAUCACUUCGGUGGAGCAUUAUCCGGAGGAUUGGCAGGAAUAGGAAUGGGGCUGCUCGGACAUAAAGCCAACAAAAAGCUGAGGAAGAAGAUGAAGAAAGCCAACAAGUGGAACAAACACGGUCACUGGAAGUCCUCCAGCAGCAGCAGCAGCAGUGACUCAGACUGAGGCCACCGGCUCGUGACAAGGCUUUCACAGAAGAGCUGCCUCACUGACUAUUAACAAUAAACACAGAAAAGGUCAUACUAUAUAUAUAUAUAUAUAUAUAUAUAUAUUAUAUAUAUAUAUAUAUAUAUAUAUAUAUAUAUAUAUAUAUAUAUAUAUAUAUAUAUAUAUAUAAACAGGAUUUCUUUGAAAAUGUGUGGUUUUAUUAUAUUGUGCAUUGGCUCUGUGUAUAUGCAAAAACAACUUUCUUAAUGUGCAACUUUGCUUUAGAAAUAUGUACAUUGUUAAUUGUGAAAUCACAAUGGUGGACAAUGUUACAGAUAUUUAUUGUCUUUACUUUUGAUGCUUCAAACACCUUCAGCAGAUUAAACCUUUACUUUUUUAGGUUUUGAAUGCAGGACAUUCACUUCAACACAACCGUAGAAAAACUCUCUGUUGUUUUGAAUCUGCACCAACUGUUAUAAUGUAUAAAAGGCCCACAUCCUGCUCAAUAAAUGAUGUUUAAAUAGA